AAGAAAUUACAAAAAUUAGAAAUAUUACAGAUGAUCUUAAAUUUAAAAUUAAUAAUUGUCCUGAUAGAGAUUAUUAUAAUCAUCUUACAUAUGAAAAUGACAAAUUAUGUUCUAAUUGUUAUAUGAAAAUUAUAAAUUCUUAUCAUCGACAAAAAUCUAUAAUUAAUGAAACAAAUAAAUUAGAUAAUUUAAUAGAAAUUAGUAAAUCUACUACACCAACAAAUUUAAUCAAAAAUACUACAAGUUUAAUGGAAAUUAAUAGUGAAUCUAAUAUUUCAACAAAUUUAAUAGAAAUUAAUAAUUUAAUAGAAAUUAGUGAAUCUAAUACUUCAACAAAUUUAAUGGAAAUUAAUAAUUUAGUAGAAAAUACUUCAACAAAUUUAAUAGAAAUCAAUAAUUUGAUGGAAAUUUGUGAAUCUAAUACUUCAACAAAUUUAAUGGAAAUUAAUAAUUUGAUAGAAACUUGUGAAUCUAAUACUUCAACUAAUUUAAUAGAAUUAAUUAAGAUUCAAAAAAAAGAAUUAAUUGAAAAUACUGAAAAUUUAAACAAAAUUAAUCAACAAUUUAAUAAUAUUAAAAUUAAUAUUACUGAUAAGAUA